GACUAUAAAUUUCUAGUUAGGCUCAUCAGACUGCCCUACUUUCCAUCUGCGAAUUAUUACGACUUGUCGAUCUCUUUUAUUGCUGAAUCCCACAUUCUUCUCUCCUCUUCCAGAAUAUCGGUGUCACUGCCAAACUUACCUUGCUGCUCACCUUCUUGCAACACAGAACCCACCGGGAGACGGAGAUUUACUAACAACUGGUCAUUACAGUC